UUUGGCACCUAUUCUAAAUCUGCGAGUACAAGGUCUUCUCAAGGUCUUCUCUGGUUAUUCGUUCUUCUUGGAUUACGGAAAAUUUAUUCAGAAUUAAAACGCAUUGUAAAUGGCCUACACUGCAGUCGUUGUUGAAGUUUUAUAAUGACUUAGGUUUCUAUACUUAAUUACCACCUGAAAAAUUAUACAUGCGCUUAUUUGUAGUCAUACAGUAUAGCGGUUUUAUGUCUCAUUUCAAGUUACCUUUUAGUUUCGUUUUCACUGCUAAAAAGUUGGACGUUCUAUUGCACAUGUGUCGAAUCAUUUAAAUCGUAAAUGGAAAGCACUGUCAACGUACCUCCUGACUCAACUAACGAUAAACUAGAAAAUGUGACUCCCAAAACACCUGACAAAACAUGUACUGAUUUACAUCAUAAUAAUAACUCCCUUCCGACGUCAUCUACUGUUUGCAAAUCAAGUACGUACCAUGGAGUUUAUUUACCCGAUGACGAUGGAUCCAUCCUUACUCCGGAACAUGCCUUUGUACAGUAUCAAACCCGGUCCGAAGAUCAAGCUUGCCAAAUUUGUGGUCAACCAGCAGUUGGUUUCCAUCAUCGUGCUUACGUAUGUGAAGCCUGCAAGAAAUUUUUCAUGCGGCAUACAGCUGCGAGAUUACGUAAUUCUGAGAUGGGAUCAACAGUCACCGAGUCGAUAUGUCCAAUGGGUGGAAGAUGUCGAGUUGAAGGUCCUGGCCGUGGUAAAUGCCCACAUUGUCGAUAUCGAAAAUGCUUAGACUUGGGAAUGACCCUAACACCUCCCGGUGGUGAAGCUGGCUGUGAUAUUUCCCAGAUACCUUGUCGUGUUUGCAGUGGUCCAUCUUCUGGCUUUCAUUUUGGUGCAUUAACUUGUGAAGGCUGUAAAGGUUUUUUCCGACGAACUGUUCUAUCCAAUGUACGCUUAGAAUGUCUAGGCAAUAAUGACUGUCCAAUUACACCAGCUAAUCGGAAUAUGUGUAAAAGUUGUCGAUUUCAACGUUGUCUAGCUGUUGGCAUGUCAAAAACUGGUAGUCGUAUUGGUCGACAGCCUAAUGCAAUUAAAUAUUAUUGUGCGCGAGAGAUUUCUCAAUUGACUAAUUCCAAUGACUGUGAAGCGACAACAAAUCCAUCUUCAAGUUCAAAUAGAAUUGAUACAACAACACGUCGUAAUUCUAUAAGUCAUAGUAGUACUAGCAGUGGUAAUACAACUCUGAGCAGUAACAUCAGUAGCCUUAAUAAUAAUAAUAACAGUAAUAAUAAUAAUAAUGUUACUAAUAAUACGAACAAUCAUGAUCAUAACAAUAAUAAUAAUAGUAAUCACUGUAGUACCAUUAGUGAACAUGAUUUAUCGUCUAUGAAUGAUGAACGGUGUAAAUCAGGAAUUAGUCAAUCUCAUUAUCCAACUUCUAGUUGGCCAUCAGCUAAACGUAUAAUCUCUAACUCUGAUCGUAGCGGUAGUAUUAGUUCAACAAUGUCAGCCACAGGAACAUCUAUAGUCUCAUCAAGUAUGCCUAGGACAACAACAACCACAACUAGUAUGAAUCCAUUCAGUGUACAUGGUCAUAAUUAUACUGAAUCACAUGGUGGGAGUAGUAGUACAACACUGAAGAAUGGAUCAAUGCCGUGUUCAUCACCAUCAUCAUCUUCAUCACCACAAUCAGGAUUAAAAAACCAUAUAAAGUUUAAAACAGAAUCACGUACACAGUAUCCUAAUCCACAAGCACGUCUUCAUCAUCCACAACCGUCUCCUUCACAAAAUAGUUGUUGUAGUAAUAGUAAUAGCAAUAGCAGUAUUAGCAGUAGUACUACUGCUAGUAAUGGUGCUGUUCUCCUUCCUCCUCCUGGUUAUUGUAAUUCACUUCUGCCGACAUCAUCAUCAGUUUAUUCUACAACUUCUUCUGCUUCUUCUACUACUAACGGUGGUGCAGAUUAUCUUCUAAAUGAAUGUUCAAGAAAUGUUAAACGACGUAAAACACUAUCUUCUUCUAUGGGAUCAGAGAUAAAUGAAAGUAAAAUUACCUCCUCAAAAUUCACACCGGUUAAUUCAACAUACCUACAUGAUAAUGAAGAUUAUGAUGACGUUGAUGAUGAUGAAGGGUGUAAUACUAUGGGUCCAAAUGAUGAUACUGAACAUCUUGAUCAUCGGUAUCGUCAAAGACAUCAACCGUCUACUCCUCACCUGUCUCAUCCUCCUACUCCUGCCUCUGCUCCUUCUCAUCAUCAACAUCAUCAUCAACAACACCGUCAACAUACUGAAGUGAUAAGUCCAAACGAUGAACAUCUGUAUGGUGUUAUCAAUUCAACUGGGACUACUGGUUGUGGUGAUACUAUCAGUAGUAGCAGUAACACUAGUGAUGUUGUUUGUGGUGGAUAUGAUAAAAUUAAUGAUGUAAAAAUUAAUAUUAACAACAACAAUAACAUCUCUGUAGAUAACUUUUCAUUUAUUGACCGAUCAAGGCAUUUAUUAAACCAGAUCAAAUUGCCUAAUGAUAAUAAUCAUAACAGUAAUAAUAGUAAUACUUAUAAUAACAAUACUGAUCGUAGUGUCCUACAACACUUACAACUUAGAAGCUGUUCAUUGGUGGAUAGAUCAUCUCCACUAGGUGGUGAAACAUCCUCAUUGAAUAAUCCGCAUGCAGUUAGUACACAUUUAAGUCAACCAUAUAUAAGACCAACACAAUUAUGUUUAUCAACUGCAAGACAUUUACCUGAAGAUGCUUCUUAUUCAUUACCCUAUCUAUCGUCUUCAUCAUCAUCAAUUACAUCUUGUCCACAUCCAUCUGUGAUCUCUGAUUACUCUGACUUUAAUCAGCAAACAUCAACUGUUGAUAGCAGUAACAGUAAUAAUAAUAAUAAUAAUAACAUAUCCGAUCAAAUAUGGUUACCAAAACAUCGUUAUAUUAAAUCUAGUCGUAGUCUACCAAAUGAGCAUACAAUUCAACCAAUCCUAUCUAAUAAUGGUAGUAACAGUAAUAAUUGUUUAGAUAUAAAUCCAUUGGCAUUUCUUAAUGGACGUAAUAGUGAUUCAACUGGAUUAUCGGAAAGUGAACCUACAUCUACAACAACACCAUGGUUUGCUGCUGCUGCAGCAGCAGUAGCUGUUGUCAUGGCUGCAUCUCAGUCACCGUCGACAAAUCAAGCACUUGAUCCCUAUACAGUUUCGUGUAGUGUUAAUGAACACUUUGCUUUGAAUGAUAAUAUUAAUCUGAAUCAAACAGAUUUGCAUAACUCUAGGCGUGUUCCAUUGAAUGUAACCAAUUUUUCAAAGCAGCGAUUCAAAAUGGGUCUACACGAAACGGCUGCUGCUGCUGCUGCUGUUGAACAAGGAUCAAGAUCAUUCCUAUCCAAUGCUAAUCUCAAUCGACAUGAUAUUACUGCUGGUAGUCAUGUAGUUGGUGGUGGUGGUGGUGGUGGAAGUAUGAUGAAAGUUGGCGGGAAAUGUGAAGCACCAGAUCCACUGCGUUCUUUGCAUUCAACACCAUCCUCAUUAUCAUCUGAUGUUACGCAUCCUUCGACAAUGGCUGCUAUGCAAGCUGCUGCUGUAGCGGCUGCAGCCGCUGCCACAGCUGCCGGCCUCGUCCUAUCCAACAGUCGUGUUGUCCGAGGCUUAUCCGAGGAUGUCUAUCCAUCAAGUUGUUUAAAUCGCGCCAGCAUUGUAAAUUCAUUUCCUGAAUUGCCUAGCAGUUGUAGUUAUGCAUCGAGCACGUCAUCACCAUCACCACCAAUCAUUGGGAAUUUUGGCAGGAUAAUUGAAAAUCUUGCAAUUUAUUCAUCUUCUGAUCGUCAUUCAAUGCCUAGCAGUAAUUUAGAUUAUCCACCGGUAUCGUCAUCAUCAUCAUCAUCAUCGUCAUCGGGUGUUAACAAUUAUCCUAUAAAUAAUUCAAUCGGUAAUACUGUUAUUCAAUCUGUUACACUCCCAGGGAUACCUAGCAAAGAAGUUGGUGCACGUUUGAAGAAUGGCACUAGACCGAAUUCCAUAACGGUACAACAGUUUGCUGAACGUAUUCAUACAGCUGCUAAGUAUAUGGUGUCUGAAAGGAAGAAUAUACGAAAUAACUUACCUCAACCGGUACGACCAAUGCAUAUGUCUGAUCGUGUUGAAGACAUUUGGCAUCAAAUGAUGAAGCAUUUUGAAACACAUUCACGUUUCAUUGUACAGUUUGUUAAAUACAUUCCAGGGUUUUGUUAUUUAAAAAUCAGUGAUCAACGUCAACUUGUUCGCAGUGCUAUGUAUCCUAUUAUGCUGUUGGAACUUAGCCGAGAUUAUAUGAAUGAAGAUGGUUCACGGUAUAAUUAUUUUGAUUUCACUCCUGAAGAACAUGACAUUAUUCUUAGUCAUUUUCCAACGUUUCAUACGAUCUCUGGUCAUUUAAUACGUUCAGGGGAAUUUCUCAAUAGAAUACGUUUAGAUAAUAUUGAAUUAACUUUGGUAUGUGCUCAGGAAGUAUUUAAAAAAAGAAAAUAUCGUACGUAAAUCAUUCGUAGAAAAACCAUUAGGUACUGCCCAACUCACGUUGUUUCAUCGGUGCUUCAGCGGUAAAUCUGUUGCCAAUGAUUCAUAUGGUCCGAAGUUUGAUCCCCGAUCAGCUGACUCUUAAACCCCGCUAAGUCUAUAAUAAGACAGCGGGUAUAGAGGGAAAGUUGGAUAUGAGGCUAACAACCCCAACACGUCAAAAGCAAUACCACACUGCUACUGAAACUUCAAAAGCUCUAGCUUGAAACCCUAUGUUGUUCCACUCGGAACGUAGAAAAGGAAUAAAUUAAAAACUAGGUACUGUUAAUCAGCAGAUCGUCAAGGUUUGGAUGAUCCUGUAACGCCAGCCCAUUUAUAUAAUCUAGCUGGACAAGUUCUUGCUGAUCAUAUCGUUUCUAUGGGUCAUUCAUUGGAAGAACGACGUGCUGCAUUAUCUCAUAUUUCACCAAUGUUAGAAGAAUUAAAUGCAGAACAUCAUGAAGUACUUGCUCAAUUACGUCAGGAUAAACCACAUUUAGAUUUUCCACAAUUAUAUCUUGAAAUGUUCCAGUUAACAGAAGAUGAACAAAGAGAACAGAAGUUGAAUAACUAUGAUGAUUCAGAUAUUAAUUAGUUGAUGAUUAAUUGAUCAAUUGAAAUUGUGCAUCAAAUAGGCCCAAUUAUUGUCGAUAUCUUUGAUGAAUAUUUCUUUGUGUUCAUCCUCCUCCUCUUCUUCUCCUCCCCCCCUGUCUAUCUAUCUAUCUAUCUAUCUAUUUGUGUGUGCGUGUGCGCGCAUGCCACUGGAUAAUUAACUUUUCAUUUCCAAUAGACGUGGUUACGAAUAGUCUAUUACUACCUAUCUCAAGGUUAUAUUUAUCCUAUUGAAUAUUAUGCAGAAUAGAAUCUUUCUUUUUAUUUCCUUCUGUCUAGUUUUCCCCAUCACCAAUCUCCCUACUACUCUUUUCUGCUACCAUUAUUAUCACCACUCCAUUAUGAUUACUACUAUUGGUAAUGCUAAAGAUG